AUGGACGUGGAGGACGCAACGACGUUGAGCUACGAGGAAUUUUGCGCCCGCUAUAUGGCGCCAAACCGGCCCGUGUUGCUGCGAAACGUCACGGAUACAUGGUUUCCCAAAGCGAUGCAGUGGCGUGAUGGCCGAAAAAUCAACUUUAAGUAUCUGAAGGAGCACUACGGCGCUGCGUUGGCACCAGUGGUGAGUGGCGAUGUGGCGGAGUACGGAGCGGAGGAUCGAUGGACAAUGAGACUCGAGGAAUAUUUGGACCUGAUCGAGAACGGAACGGCGGGAAAGAAGUACCUCAAGGAUUGGCAUUUCGUCCACGCCUUCGGCCACGAAAUUUACGUAACGCCACCGCUUUUCAAGGACGACUGGUUGAAUUGGUGGUGGGACCACAAAGAGAAGAGCGAAAGCGAUUAUCGAUUCGUGUAUCUUGGCCCCACUGGAAGUUGGACACCGCUACACCAUGAUGUAUUUCGUUCAUACAGCUGGUCGGUAAACGUUUGCGGCCGCAAAAAGUGGAUCUUCUACCACCCCGAUGACGAACCCAAACUAAAAGAUCGCUUCGGCCGUUUUGUCGUCCCCGACGUGACAGUCGCAAAUAUCGACAAGGAGCAAUAUCCUCAAUUCCACGAAGCAAAGCCAAUGUAUGCCAUCCAAGAAACGGGUGACGCCGUUUUCGUCCCUAGCGGAUGGUACCAUCAAGUCGAAAACCUUGAGGACACAAUCUCGAUCAACCACAACUGGUUUAACGGGUACAACGUCCGCGAGUUGUGGGGCUUCUUGAAGCGUGAGUACUCUGCUGUAGAGCUUGAGCUGGAAGACCUAAAAGAGAUGGGGCUUGUCGGACGCGAGUUUGUUGAGCAGUGCCAACUGGUUAUGCUGGCGAACGCCGGCAUUAAUUACUUAGAGUUUCGCGAGCUCUUGUACGCCAAGGCAAGUGACUUUCUCAGAAAAAGAGAACAUCCAGAAGACCGCAAUGUAGGACGUGAUCUGCCGGUUCACCUGGGAUACGUCCGCGAUAUUCUGCAAGAACUCAACGCAGCAUUGAAAGUAGUGGAUGAAGACGCAAAAUUGAAUGAAGUGUGGCUGGAUAUUGAUCUGCAAUUGCAAACUCUAGGCGAAAUAUCGAGUGUGACAACAAAUCGCGCAGAGGAGGAGCAACAAGCAAAAUAG